AUGACGAAAAGUAAAGACGUGUAUACAGUUAAUGAAGCUGGCGAACUGAAUGCUCGAUUAGUGUGUUCACAUCGUCUUCUUCUUGCAUUUUUGGCAUUUCUUGGAUUUUUUCUCUGCUAUGCUCAACGAAAUGGACUUGCCGUUGGCAUUGUUUGUAUGGUUAAUCCAGAUGCCGAUAAUGUAACUUCAACCAGUAGUAGUGAUUCUCCUAGCAUUGAACAUGAUAUUCCAGCAGCAUGUCAUAAACAUACAAUACAAAAGAGUCGAUCUGAAAGUCAAGUUCUUUUUUGGCCUAAAUCAACACGUGGUCUUAUACUUGGUUCAUUCUAUUGGGGUUAUGCAUUAACACAAAUACCAUCAUCUGUUGUUGUUAAUAUACUUGGACCAAAACGUUUUCUUGCUAUACUCAUAUUAGUUUCAUCAAUAGCUACACUAUGUUUACCUAUUGUCUCAAAGUUUCAUCCGUUCUUUGUUAUUUUAUUACGAGGUGGUCUUUGGCCAACAAUAUUUCGUUUUUGGGCAACAUGGGCACCAGCAGCCGAACGAACAACUCUUUUGUCAUUUCAAAGUUCUGGACCAUCAAUGGGUACUAUUGUAUCAUUAAUAAUUGGUGGUCUUUUUUGUGGAUUUACCUUAAGUGAUCCAAUACCAUUUAUAUUUCGAUUUGGUUGGGCAUACUUUUUCUAUCUUCUUGGUGGUCUUGGUAUACUAUGGUCAAUUGUUUGGCUUUUUUUUGCAAGUGAUACACCUGCAACAAAUACACAUAUGUCAGAAAAUGAAAAAGAAUAUAUUCACGCAUGUAAAGCUGCAGAAAAAAUUCAAGAUACACGAACAAGAACACCAUGGGGACCAAUGUUACUUUCGCAAGGCUUUUGGUGUAUUCUUAUAUCAAUGGUUUCAUGUGAUUUUGGUCUUUAUGCUAUAUGGGCAGUUGUACCUGAAUAUAUGAAUGAAGUCUUAUUAUUUAGUAUUGAAGAAAAUGGUUUUCUUUCAGCAUUACCACAUAUAGGUAGUUUUAUUAUUGUUAUGUUAUCAGGUGGCUUAGCAGAUUUUAUCAUAAGAAAAAAAUUCUUAAAACGUGUUAAUACAAGAAAAUUAUUUCAUGGUAUUGGAACAUUAUCACCGGCAAUAUGUCUUUUAUUAAUAUCAUUUCUUAAUUGUGAACGUCGUUAUUUAGCAGUUUUACUAUUAGUUAUUGGUGUAGCAUUAAAUGGUUUUAUGAUGUCAGGUGGUUAUGUUGUUAAUGUUGGAGAUUUUAGUGGUGUUCAUUCAGGUGUUGUUUUUGGUAUUUGUAAUACAAUUUCAAGCAUUGGUGGAUUUUGUGCACCAUAUUUAACAAGUAUCAUUACACGAAAUAAAACAGCAGCACAAUGGAAAUUGGCAUUUAUGAUGUAUUCUGCAGCAUUUCUUAUAUCAGCUAUUGCAUUUUCAUGUUUAGCUCGUGGUGAAACUGAACCAUGGGCACGAGAUGAUGUUCACGAUGAAAAAAUUAAUUAUGACGUUGAUGCUAAUAAAGAAUUAUUGGAAAUUAAGACAUCUGGUGUUGUAUCACAAAAUGCAGUUGCUUAG